UUCAGCUGUGCUUCAGCUUCAGCCGUUUAUUCAUUCAUUCAUCGCGUCCCGUAUCCCUGCUGUUGCAAUGGCAUGUUGUUUGAUUUGUUGAUUUUAACGAGAUUGAAAAUUGAUCGCGACAAUUUUACUACUUUGUAAAAAUGGAAGACGGGUAUAUUGACCUUGGCAAUCUUCAAAAACAGUUUCUUUGUUGUAAGCCAAUAAAUAAACUCCAAUGGAAUACUGCUAAUACUGGCACCAUCGAAUACAACACGAUGAGCUUGGAAUUGCAAGAAAAAAUUCUAAACAAGACUGUUAAUUACGAUCUUGUCAAAAAAUACCCUAUGAAACCAUCUUACCAAAGGGCAUUUUUGAAGUUCCUUAUCAAUGAGCUGGAAAAAAGUAACCAAGAAGUUCACGAUGAUCUGUAUAAUGCUUACUGUCUGCUGCUACAAGUAUCGGAUCACCAAGAAAAUGCAACGCAAUAUAGGCAUUUCGUAUACAACGACACAGAAGCAAUUACCUUGCAAGAGAGCAUGAGCUUUGUUUCCUUAGGGACUACAGGGCUUUGUACUUGGCAGGCUGCUUUAGGUUUGGCAGAAUGGUGCAUGACAAAUCGGAAAAUCCUUACUGGAAAGAAAAUACUGGAACUUGGCUGUGGGGUCGGUUUAACCGGCCUUACUAUUCUACGUAAUUGCGAACCCAAGGAAUACAUAUUCUCAGAUACUCAUCCAGCUGUACUGAACAUGCUAUGCAAGAAUAUAAUCAUCAAUUAUCCAUCAUAUGAUGAACAUGUCGCAAUUAUUGGUUCACCUGAAGAUGAUGUCAAGUUGAAAUUUGACUGCAAUGGAGUAAACGUUGAGGCAAUUCGUUUACCAUGGGAGGAGAUAAACGAUUCCUGGAGAAGAUCUAGUUCUGCUCUGAGUCCGGAUAUUAUUCUUGCUGCAGAUGUCUUGUACGACGAUUCCUGCUUCGACAGUCUAGCUACAGCACUGUGCCAUCUUCUCAGAAAUGACGGAACUUAUGCUAUCAUCGCUGCUACAGUUCGAAACGUGGCUACAAUAUCAAAGUUUCUGAAUUUGUUAGGAUCCUAUGACUUGGCUUUUCACGAAGCUCAACUCGCCGAAAAGAAGUUUUUUGCUCAUGUGGAUGACACGCCUAUUCGGAUAGUGAAAAUUCUUAAGGUAGACGCUUGAAAAUUCCUACUCAUAAUUAGCGAUAAGGAUAGAACUAGUUGUAAAUGCUAUAGGAAUUCAUUGGCUGUAAACAGAUCAUUUAUUACUAAGCUUAAUUGGAUAUAUGAUACACAGUCAUAAAUAAUAAAUCUUGUGCUAAAAAAUAUUUAUAAAAGUAUUAAAGAGAAACUACGUUAUUAGUUUAA